AUGAAGCGGCGCAAUGUUUUUAAGAUAUUGAUCCAUUCAUCCUAUUUUCUUUAUUUUAUUUUCUUUUCUUUGAAAUAAAAUCCUAUUUUCAAUUUGAUUUCCAUCUUUUUAAUAACAUAAACAUACAGGUGCAAGAAGGUUUAUUUAUUGGAAGACGUCGACCAAUUUUUAUGCAUACAUUACUUUGUUGCAUUUUUGUUUUUUUUUUUGCUUUUUUUCUUUUAUUGUCCUACUUCAGUAACUAUAGGCCAAUGAGAGAUGAGCAGAUUAUGAGGAAGAAGACAGUGUAGCAAUUUUAGUCCAUACCAUUUUUCUUCGUCAUAGAACUCACUCUCAAAAUAUCUCUGACAGUUGUAGAAAUACAAGUUUACAAAAAUUCUUUAAACAGGUCCAUUGGUUUGCAUCCGCUUCUGAUUUCUCCCGUGACCACUAACCACCGGAACCCAAUGCUUCUUUCCUUCCGCUUCUCUCUUUCCAUUCUUUUUCUUCUCCAUGUAUUCUCCGCCCACGCUAAUUCUCACUGGACGGUGAACUCUUUGCCGGGAUUCUCAGGGGAGCUUCCUUUCUCGCUGGAAACAGGAUACGUAGGAGUGGGGGAUUGGGAGGAAUUUCAAUUGUUUUAUUAUUUCAUAAAAUCAUAUUCAAAUCCCAAAACGGAUCCUCUCGUUCUGUGGCUCACCGGAGGCCCUGGUUGCUCUGCUCUCUCUGGUCUCGCCUUUGAAAGUGGUCCAAUCAAUUUUGAGGGAGAGCUGAAGGAGGGAAGCCUACCUCGAGUACUCAUAAACCCUUACUCAUGGACACAGAACACCAGUAUACUAUAUCUAGAUUUACCCGUUGGCACGGGUUUUUCGUAUGCCAAAACCUCAAAAGAUCAUAUAUCAGGAGAUCACGAACAAGUUCAACAUUCUCUUCAAUUCUUGAAAAAGUGGUUCGAUGAUCAUCCAGAAUUUAUAUCAAAUCCAUUUUAUAUUUCUGGAAAUUCUUAUUCGGGUAUGAUUGUUCCAAUGGUUGCUUUAGCAAUUUUAGAAGGAACUUACAAACACAUUUUUUCAUUUAUAAAUUUCCAGGGAUACAUAUUGGGGAAUCCCAUCACUAUUCCUCAUGCAAAUGAAAAUUGUCAAAUUCCAUUUGCUCAUAAUAUGGCCCUCAUCUCAGAUGAAUUGUAUCAGUCGUUGGAAGCUAGUUGUCAAGGAGAAUAUGUAAACAUUGAUCCUAACAACGUGGAGUGCUUAAAACAUUAUGAUACAUUUACAAAGUGUACUUCUGUAGUUAGAGACUCGUGUAUUUUAUGGUCCAAAUGUUCAUCUUUAAAAGAACCACAAACAAAGUCUGGACAAAGAAGAUCUCUGAUCAACAGCAUUUUUGUAGGCCAAAGAUGUCGUGAACAUGAUGCCAUACUUGCCUACUAUUGGGCCAACAAUGACGAAGUUCAAAAAGCACUUCAUAUACAUGAGGGAAGCAUUGGAGAAUGGAUUAGAUGUCGUGGAAAAGAAUAUUACAAUUUUGAGAUGACCAGUGUUUUUCCUUAUCACGUGAACCUUAGUUCUAAAGGCUAUCGAUCAUUAAUCUAUAGUGGAGAUCAUGAUAUGGUAGUGCCGCAUAUGGAAACUCAUGCAUGGAUUAAAGCUUUAAAUUAUUCUAUAGUAGAUGAUUGGAGGCCUUGGUUCAUCGAGGAUGAAGUUGGCGGAUACACCAGAAGUUUUGCAAAUAAUAUGACAUUUGUAACAGUCAAAGGUGGAGGACAUACACCAGAAUAUUUACGAGAAGAAUCCAGCAUAGUUUUUAAGAGAUGGAUAGUGGGAGAAUGGUUAUGAACUUCUAUGCCAUAAUAUUUAUUUCUAUUUAAUUGUUCAACUUUUGGAUAUUACACAUUUAAACACUAAUAUUGGUUUGUGUGUUUAAUAAGUUUGAGGAAGGAAGUUUCAAUAUCUAUGUUUGUGGUUCUUAA